AACCAGGAAGUGGAGAAGACACCGCGCAGCCGACCAAAACACGGAAGUAAACUCUGCUGUCUCUCCAUAUCCGUAUAUUAGUAUGCUUUUACCUAUAAAGUCAAUGCAUGAUAUCGAUCUGAGGCGAAAUAUCACGGCAAACUUCAGUGCUAGCAGGGAUUUGCCGAAAAGCUAACUUAUGCUACAUAGAAGGGGAGCAUUAGCAUAAAAACGUGCUAGAAAAACCAAAACAAAAGAGGCAACCGCAGAAUUUUUUUUCAGGCACCAUGGACAACCUAGGGGAACCCCAGCCAGGUGCCAAUGGGCUUAUAGCCGAAGAGCUACCGCAGAUGGACGGAUCGUGUGACGCAUGCGAGCCGGAUGAGGCCCAGCCGGCCACACAUGUCUGCCACACAUGCAGCUUCGCCUUCUGCCCCCUUCACGCCAACGAACACACCAGUAGCACAAAUCACUCGCUAAUGCCUUAUUACCCGGCAGAGGCACCGGCUCAUGGACUUGGCAUGGGGAGAGGCUUCGCAAAUGCCGUGGAUGAAGAGCGAGCUGUUGAUGAGGGCAUGGUAGCAGCAGUCGGGGGGGUAAAUGCAGGCGUGGAGGGAGCAGAAGGUGGUAGAGAAGAGGCAGCUGCAGAUCCGGGGAAGAAGGACACGGUGACAGUGGAGAGGCUGCGCUGUAAGGUGCAUGGCCAGGAGGGGUCACUGUACUGUAAAAACGACGAGCAAAUUGUGUGUGUGGUGUGUGCCGUGCAGGGCGAGCACAAAGGGCACGAAAUCAUCACUCUGUAUGAGGCGUACGCCUGGCAAAAGAGCAGACAAGGAUAUGACCUGCUGGCCUACACUCGACAGAUGGGCGAGAAGAUUCAGGAGAAGUGGACAAACCCAGAGAUGACCACAGAGGAGCUGGAGGACUUUGUGAACGGCGAGUUUGACGAGCUGCGGCGUUUGGUGCGUCUGGAAGAGCGAAGGACGCUGCACCUGGUGGACCUGAAAGAAGCCUUCCUCACAGCCACAGCGGCCGAAAAGAUGGCCGAGAUCCACAUGCAGACGGAACGACUGCAGGAGGAGAUGGACAGUAUCACCGAGCAGCUGAAUCUCCUGGAGCAGGCCGAUAAGGACUCCCUGGGCCCUGCUCUCAUGAGACAGGCCGCCAUGGCGGAGGCGCGCCCCUUGCUCAGACUACAGAAUGACGCAGAAGUCAGGCCAAGGCUGCCCGAGCCCAGAGCCAACCCAGUGGACCCGCGCGAUCUGGACGACAAUAAUUCUGGAAGGUCCAUGGAGCAUGCCCCGUGAUUUCCAUUCUGAUGAAGACUUUACAUACUCCACUUUCCUGUAUUCUUCAACUUUUUGCCUUACUUCUACCCAAUGACAAAUUCAGAUGACCUCUACAUCUUUCUUGCUCACAAACUUAAGUAAUUUCAAACUUUCUGUAAUUUUAGCACAUUGGUAAUGUGCCAUCUAUUCCUCCCUUGGCUCUACUUCCACAGCCAAGCUGGAUCGCAGGCUUAUUGGUGGCAGCUCACUUUCAGACAAGAAUUGUAUUCAACGGAACAGAGCAUCUGGUGAAACCAACCCAUGUCAGAUAUGAUGGAAAAGUCGAUGCACUUCUCCCUUCAUUUAUUCACAAGUGUUUUUUUUUUAGAUAUGCCUUAAGAUUUUAUCACAAAUGUCUACAUGGGUGUCAAGGGUUUAUUUUUUGUUGGAAAAGAUACAUAUCCAAUUCCAAAAAUGUUAUUUUCCAGUCCUAUUUUUUCUGCUAGAUGCCCUUCCAGUUGCAGGUCUAGCACAUUACUGUGACUGGUAUCUCCAGUGCAGCUCAAGUGUCUCCCUUAGAGACAGUAUGCAAUUGUUAGUUUAUAGUUUAACAUUAGGUCCUAUGAUAUAUGAUAUAAUACCUUUCAUGGUGUUAACGUCUGUGCUGCAGUUCUGGACUGUUCAGAUGUUAGGACGCUUUGGAGUCCAACCAUCGAUACCUAAAAGAAAUGCUCCAAUAUAUUUUUAUGCUCAAUUUUAACAAUUACAUAAAUAUAAAAAAAAAUUUAUGACAGUUUCAUUUUAAAUGUAUUAUUUCACUUUUUGUGCAGUGUUGUAACAUUUUUUUGUGUGUGAAAGCUUAAUAUUUGAUUGUAAAUAGGCUAAAUUUGGGAUUCAUCUGCUGCAGUUUUCUGGCUUUAAAGGUCCUAUAUUACACAGAAUGGAUUCCUGUGAGCUUUUUGCCCUGUUAUAAUGCUGUUACUUCAUCAAAAAUAUACCAGGAGUUGUGUUCUGUUUCAUUCACACAUGUUUGAGUAACCCUGGUUUAUUAGUCUGUCUACAUCUACAAAGCUGCUGUCAUAUAGUGGUAGUUUUCAUUUAACGGCUGCAUUUUACCUUUAGUUCAGUAGAGAUUGGAAAUUCGAGGGCACUUCCUGUAUUACCACAUGACAUCACAAGGUGGAACAGACUGUUUUCAGCCUAAAUACGCACGGUUUGUGUUAAACAUGUGAAUGAAACAAAACACAACUCCGGGUCUGUUUGUGAUGAGGAAACAACAUUAUAACAUAGAUCAGAAAAUGGUGCAAUACGGGCCCUUUAAAUCACGCUGUUUUCUAAGCCGCUAUGUUUUUUACGCCCGUCGAUUUGUGUGCACUUCCUCUUUUAUGCCACUGCUGUCAGAUCCAUUAUCAGGAGCGGGGGAUGUUUUGACACAUAUCGAUCAGAAGAAUGUUGCUGAGUCUUUGUUAGCUGGAAAUCGAAGUGCAAUUUGACUGUGCAAAGUAGAGCUUGCGCCGUAUCAGCUGAGUAUAAUAUAAAGGCCCAUUACUUUGGCGCUGCGGGCCUGGGUCAUAUGACGGAUUACCACGCAGCUCCUUCUACCUUGGACCACUCAGCUGUUCAGGACGUCCCGCCACGCACGUCCUGUCUGUAUCAGCAGUUGUUUUAAUGUGAUUGAUUCUGUUGCCUUAAAUUGAACGCCGCUGGACCCAUAAAACGUAGCAUGACAACUUGGCUACACUGCACUAUGAAGCACUACUCAAGCGAAUGUAAUCAAAUAUUU